UAUUUUGCCAAAACAACCAAUCGUUCGUCGCCGUCCUCGCCCGCGCCACUAACAGCUCAAGGGGUGGUAUCCGCAAUCGUCUAUCGUGUGACGUCGUCGUGCGAGAGUUCCAAAUAUCCAAUCGUGUGCAGAGUGCGAUCUACUUGUUUAUCCAUUGAGGGUAUAUCUGACCGAAAUGCUAUCGAACGUAGCCAAAUCCGUGACCCAGCGCGCUUUGUUGGGAAAUGUGUCAGUGCAGCACGAAGGACUGCGUGAGCGAUUGCAUAACAACAUUGAAUGCUAAGAACAGUGCGGAUUUGUAGGGACUAAUCGUCCUUGAUUGACCGACAGCUGUUAUCUCUUCAAACGAAAUCGAACUGAAGUAGACCAAAUAAAGUGUAGAUAAUAAUAUCAAUUAGCGAACCUUAUUUGGAGCAUGGGACUCUCCAAGUGGUUCAACGCGAUUUUUCGCUUCGGAAAGCAGUCUGGUGCCAAAGCGAAUCCGGUGACACAUGCUACGAUUCCCGAGACAGUGGUGGAUGGUGCGGAGUCGAUGAAGAAAAUUCUUGCGACGGCACAGCCACAGCAACAGAGCGGAUAUGCUACGGAAGCAGCCUUUGAAACCAGGGCCUUCAAGCUGCACAACCUAGAUCAAGGACCGACAACGAGUGUCUCCGUCACCAAGGAGGAUGCGCUGAAGUACUACAGCCAGAUGUACGCGAUCCGUCGCAUGGAAACGGCCGCCGGCAAUCUGUACAAGGAGAAGAUCAUUCGGGGAUUCUGCCAUCUCUACUCCGGUCAGGAAGCAUGCGCUGUAGGAAUGCGUGCCGCCAUGCGUCCGGAAGAUUCCUGCAUCACAGCCUACCGUUGCCACGGCUGGACUUACCUGAUGGGUGUUCCGAUGAAAGGUGUCCUGGCCGAGCUGACUGGCCGUCAGAGCGGAUGUGCUCGCGGCAAGGGAGGCAGCAUGCACAUGUACACAAACAACUUCUACGGUGGAAACGGAAUCGUCGGAGCUCAGGUUCCACUGGGGGUUGGAAUCGCCUUUGCCGCCAAAUACAAGGAAACGAAGGGAGUUUGCAUUGCUGCCUACGGGGAUGGUGCCGCCAAUCAGGGACAGUUGUUUGAGGUCUACAACAUGGCCAAACUGUGGAACACUCCGGUGAUCUUCGUUUGUGAAAACAAUGGCUACGGUAUGGGAACAAGCGCUGAACGUGCCUCGGCCAACGUGAACUACUACACACGGGGGGACGCCGUGCCUGGAAUUUGGGUCGACGGUAUGGAUGUGUUGGCUGUCCGUGAAGCUACUCGGUUCGCGAUUGAGCAUUGUAAUAGUGGCAAGGGACCAAUUUUGCUCGAAACGGCUACCUAUCGCUACUCCGGACAUUCCAUGUCCGAUCCUGGUACAAGCUACCGCUCUCGUGACGAGAUCGCCGAGGUUCGCCAGACUCGUGACCCAAUCACGUCGCUACGAGAAAAGAUUCUGACUAAUGAACUGGCCACCACCGAAGAGCUGAAGGAAAUCGAAUCGAAGCUCCGCGGGGAAGUGGACGCCGCAACAAAGGCAGCCAAGGCCGAUCGAGAAAUUGCAGUGGAUGAGCUAUGCACGGAUGUCUAUGCUCAGCCGGAUAAUACCGAAAUCAUCAGGAAUGUAAUGCCCGCCUCGGAACUUCAACACAGACGCCUUGGUAAGGCCGUCAACAUCUAGGAUGCUUAAUCAAAAUGGUAAGAGUAUCAUCCAAAUGUAUUUCCGCGAACUGCCACCAGCAUCAGUUGUUUAAGAAGGACAAUAGGAAGGUACCACUAGGAAAAAUUAUGCAAGCGAUACGUUCUAAAUCUCAUAAGCAAAUGAACAUUUUAGGAUGAAUUUUUAGUUUAAAACGAAAAUGAUCAUUAAUGUAAACAAUUAUUGGCACCGAACAUUGUGAAGAAGUAUCAAUCUUGGAUUUUCAACGAAGAACAUUCUGUGUAUUUUGAACACCAUCACACGAAACGGGUUUUCAAGCAUUUAGUGUUUUCUUUUCUUUCCACUGAUUCUCCCCUCUCCUUUAAACAGGGUCUGUUCGAAUUAGAAUGAAAAAUAAACUUAAUUGAAAAUAGUA